AUGCUACCCUUAUUUUUUACUAAUACCCUAUUUAUUCUAAAAUCCCGCACUUUUGGUAAAGAUUCAUUUCUUCCAUAUUUUAGUCACAGCAUGUCAAAUCUAGUUCAGGUCCUGCUCUCCGCACAAAAAGGUGACGCCAACUCUCAAGCAGCCAAUGAAAUACUCACCACUCAGACCCACCAAAACCCUGCCCAUUUCAUGCUGGAGCUCUCUGCAAUUCUGGCAGACGAAAAUUCCUUAAUCUUAGCACGCCAAAUUGCAGGAAUUGUCCUAAAAAACACAAUCAACAAUGCUAACAACGACCCAUAUCUUGAAGAAAUUUGGUAUAAAAUUGACCCUGAAACCAAGCCACAAAUAAGAAACAACGUUUUAGGGACUUUGGCAUGCCCAGAUCGAAAUGUUCGUCUGAGCGCUGCACAAGCAGUUGCCUGCAUUGCAAAAAAAGAUAUACCAAGAGGGGAGUGGCUGGAAAUUUUGACGAUUUUGAUUGCAAAUGCUAUGAAUGUGAAUCCUAUGUUUAAACAAGCCAGCUUGAUGACGCUUGGGUAUAUUUGUGAAGACCUGCCACCAGAGUGCAUAGAAAAAUCUUUAUCAGACCAAAUUUUGACUGCGAUUGCAGCCAGUCUGACACCAGAGCAGCCAGAUGCAGAUGUAAAACAGAUUGCAUUGCAAGCUUUAAGGAAUUCUUUGCCUUUCACAAAGUCGAAUUUUAUGCAUGAGACUGAAAAACAAGUGAUUAUUGAUUUAAUCUGUAAUGCGUGUCAGGCAAAUGUGGAGCAGAUAAGGCUAGAGGCUUUUCAGGCACUGUGUGAUAUUGCUUUUAUGUACUAUGAGUAUUUAAGCUCAGCGCUAUUUCAGCUGGGAAAUGUGACUUAUACUGCAAUUCAGCAUGAUGAACAGUCUAUAGCUGUGCUUGGGAUUGAGUUUUGGAAUGUAAUAGCUGAUAUAGAAGUACUCAGACUCCAAAAUAAUCAGCCUAUUAAUGGUUUUAUCAAGGGCUCCAUGUCAAAUGACUGUGGAUUUUUGAUAGUGCGACAUUUCCUAGGGUAAAAUUUGUUCGAAUCAUUUUGAUAGUGAGACAUUUGACUGAAAAACCGUUUAAAUUUCGGCCAAAUGAGUACACUAUUUAAAAAAUUUUUCGAACAAAAGUACUUCACUCCCCCCCCAUCCUUAAUCGAACGAUCGACUGUAAAAAUUCCUAAAAAUUGGGGAAAUUUAACCCCCAUCCUUGAUCGAACGAUUUUCAUAUCAUUCAAAUUUUUAUAUAUAUAAAAAUAUAUUAGUUAUCAAAAGCUUGGGUAGAUGUACCUAAUGAAGUUUUUUUUUGUUCAGAGCUUUGAGACGACAGAAAGCUGCGGAAUCAACCAUCCGAAGUGAUUUAGUCAUCAGCCUAGGCUUAAAAACUCAAUAAUCUAAAAAAUAGAGAUUCUUUAAAAUUUAAAAAAAAAAAAUUUUAAUUCAAUAAGGAACAAAUUAAAAUUUAUACAGUUUAAAUAGGGUAACUAAUAAAUCAAAAUAUUAAAAAUUGAUAUUUUAUGAAAUUAAUACAAUUUUUUGCUGUAAAAAUAAUUAUUAAAUACUCUUAACCCACUUAUUUAAAAGUAAAUAAAAAAUAUAUAUAUAUAUAUUUUUUAUUUUUAUAUAUAAAUUUUUUUUCCCAAAACAUUUUUUUUUUAACCCCCAUCCUUGAUCGAACGACUCGCCAUCGUUCGAUCAAGGAUGGGGGGGAGUCAGUGAAAUGCACACUAUCAAAAAAGCACUAUAAUUGGACUUGCACCCUUUAUCAAUACAGCUGCCAAUACUCUGGUCCCUAUUUUACUAACAAAAAUAGUCAUAUAUGAAGAUGAAGACGAUGACUGGAAUUUGCAUAAAGCUUCUUCUAGCUGCAUCAGUGCAAUUGCACAAAUAAUAAAGGACCCUGUUGUGGAUCUGCUGCACAAUUUUAUUAGUAAAGAAAUUAGGUCACCUAAUUGGAAAAAUAGAGAUUCAGCUGCACUUUUAUUAGGGUCAAUAGUUGAUGGGCCUAGUGAAAAUAAGUUAUCGCCAUUACUUACGUCUGGGGUGGAAGCUUUAAAAAACUUGAUGAAUGACCAAAGCUUGGCUGUAAGGCAAACUUCUGCAUGGAGCUUAUCCAAAAUUUGUGAAAUCCAGUAUAGAAUAAUGUCACAGCCUGGGCUGUUUAACCCUACCGUACCAAAACUUAUAGAAUCCUUAAAAGACCACCCAAAAGUUGCUUGUCAUUGCUGCUGGGCUUUGAUUAACUUAGUAGAUCGUUGCUCUGAAGUAUCUUUGUUUAGAAGAGACAUAGUAAACUUGUUAUUGACAUCUUUAUUAGAAGCAGCAUACAGACAAGACUCAUUUAACACAGAGCACAACUUACAGCUUUCUGCUUAUAGUGCUGUAAAUACAGUCAUAGAAAAAGCACCUAAUGAAUGUGUUCCAAUUUUUGAGCAAAGAAUUCCUAGCUUUAUUGAGCAGCUGAGGCAGUCAAUUUCAAUGCCUAAAAGCGAACAAGUCCAAGCCUUUAUAUGUUCAGCUUUACAAGCUUGCUUUGCGAGGGCAAGCCAAGCUUCAAUUACUGAUGAGACUGCAAAAGUCUUUAUGGAGACGCUAAUACAGAUUUUUAACUUAAGAGGUAGUAUUAUUGAGGAUGGGAUGCAGGCAGCAGGAGCUCUUGCUAUGAAUAUAGAAGGGAGGUUUAUUGUGUUUAUGGACCAGUUUAGCCCAUUUGUAGGAUGGGCACUCAAUAAAAAUGACUCAAUGAGUAUAUGCAGAGCAGGAACAAUGUGUGUAGGAGAUCUAGCAAGAGCUUUGAAAGAGAAAAUUGGCCCUUAUAUUUUCAAUUUUGUCCCACCUCUACUUAGAAAUUUAGAAAGUGAUGUAGUUAGCACUGAUGUCAAAGUAUUAAGCAUUGAAAGUCUAGGUGACUUUGCAGCACAUACUAAAAAGCUGUUUAUGGAAUACUUGGGGAAUACGAUUGCAAUCAUAGAAGGAGCAGCUAAUGCAAGUGUCCAGCAAGUAAGGGAAGCUGAAAACCCAGACUUGUUUGAUUACCUUAGUGAUUUAAGAGAAGUCAUAUUGGAAUUUUAUGUAAGCUUGCUUCAAGGACUUGUAGAGUGCGGCCAAACUGAUUUAUUAUUAGGAAACAUGCAAAGUAUUGUGAAUUAUACAAUGAUGGCUAUCAGUGACGCUUUUAAACCAAACAAAAAUCACCACGCAAAUGCAGUAGGACUUCUUGGAGAUAUUGCUGGAGCAUAUGGUAAAAAUGUCGUGCAUAUCUUGAGGACACCUAUCAUCAACACGUAUUUGCAACAACAUAAAACUGGUAAUGACCCUAUGCUGAGGGAAAUGGCAAACUAUGCUAUCCAAGCCAUUAGCAGCAAUUAA